UCAGAUCCUGACGUCAUGAUAACGUCAACGACACAUGUUACAUGUCAAUAAAUGUCAAUCUGACGUACGAAAAUAUGUCGACUGUCAAUUCAGUAAAAAUGUGUUUUCAUCAUGAACAAUAACAAACAAAGUAAGAAAAAUCAUGAAGAAAUAAAGCAUAUAUUUACUGGUUUGAACCGAGAAUUUCUCAAGUCUGGAUUUAGUACAAAGGAACUUUACAAUGCUUGCCUACCAUCAGAACGUUCAAAUUACGCAAAUUCUGGAUUAUUUAUAGCGUUUUUAGGAUUAGCGUUCCUAGUAAUCAGUACCUAUCAAUAUGAAGUAUUUUCAACUGCCAUCAAUUACUUCCUGGGAGUUCGGUGUAUUGUCCCGAACAACUAUUUUGUAUGGGAAGCUACCAGACCAGUAUCAGACUGCAACUUUUGUAUAAAUAUUACCAAUCCUAUCGUACUACAAAAUGUAACAAGAGAAGAGUUUGCUCCAUAUGCCUACACAUCUAAACCAGUAGUUAUAAAAAAGGCAUUUUUACACUGGGCAGCGAUGAAACACUUUGAUUUUAAUUUUUUUAAAGAACUUUAUAGCAGCAUAGAAGAUUCCUACAGAAGUGUGGAUGAGGAGUGCCAAUUUUUACAUUUUAAAUCAAAUUUUAUUUCUAUACGUGAUGUUUUUGAAAUGACUGAAGCUCGAAUUAAAAAUCAACCAGGGGAAAAAUCAUGGUAUGUGGGAUGGGGCAACUGCCAUCCACAAAUAUUAGCUGAAAUGAGAAGAUACUAUCCUAAACCACAUUUCCUGCCAGAAUCGUGUGAAAUCCCAUCUAAAGAAUACGUUUUCAUGGGUUAUGACGAUGGUGCCACCAUGCAUCUGGAUUUUAUAAAUCGCUUGAUGUGGCAAGCUCAAUUAAAAGGCUCUAAAACUUGGCAUUUAAUUCCACCACCAGAGUGUGAAGAUGUUUGCUCACAAUUUUCGUUUUUAGUAGAACCAGGAGAUGCCAUUUUAGUUGAUACAAGAGUUUGGUAUCAUGGAACAACAAUCACUCCAGGCGAAUUUAGUCUUUCUGUUCAGUCUGAAUAUGGUUGACUGCGUAAAAAAUCACGCAUAGGAUGUACUCAAAUUUGAUAAAAGUCUGAUUUUAUCUAGUGCCAAUAGACAAUUUUUAAAUUCAGCCAAAGACUUUAAGCUCAUAAACGUCCUAUUAUUUAUUUAUUUUUACUAGUCUUCUUUUUUAACUUUAGUCAUUUUCUUUUAUUGUAUUUUAGUUACCAGUAAAACAAAUUGGAGUAGUGUGGAAUGAAAAUGUAUAUAAUGUUUUUUACUAUCUAUAGUUUCACAAUAAUGCUAACCCAACAUUAUUUUUGUGCCAUUCUUUGUUCAGUUUUAAGUUAAGGAUUGUUUGAAACCAUGGAACCAUAAGGUGAAAUUAUUUUGUGACUUGGAACUUAUGGUUUUAUGUUAUUUUAUAUAUAUUAUUAUUUACAAAAGUCAUUUUAUUUUAGUCAAGAUAAAUGCUCUUUAAUUUAACCAAAGUCAUUGUAUGUUCAAAUAAUUUAAAAAAUAGGUGCACUUUUAUUAUUUGUGAGGUUUCUGAGAAAUUUGUAUACAAACCCACCACAAAAGUUUAAGGCACUUAUUUAUUUAUCACGUAGAAUAUUUUCGUGUUGAAAGUUUUAAGAUUAAUAUUUUUAAAAAUAAACGGGAAUUAAUUAUUA